AUGGAGAGCAGCAGGCGCAAGUACUUUAGGAUCGUUUAUUGCAACGAUCUUGUGCCUAGAGUCCCUUGGGACAAUUCAUGGAGCGAUUUUCAGCACUUUGGAAAGUGUAUCUACUUCAACAGCCUUUACAGGGGCGAUAUUGUUGAUGAAGUACCAAACAAGAACUACUUUUCAGUCUUCAUGUUCAUCCCCAAAAAAAUGAUCUGUGUUUGGGAGCUGAUGAGAGGAUUUGGGAUGGGAAUGUUCAUCGGACGUGAAUACAAGGAAUUGAAGGUUAUGCGAGCGGUUCGACUUAUGGGCAUCUUCUCCAUAGCUGGCCUGCCAGCACAUGCUCCUCUAGAUUAUGUCAAUUCCACAAGGUUUGCAUCUCCAGAUUUGUACGCUCCCAAACCAUGGCUUCGCCAAUAA